AUGCCUGGACAACAACGAAUGCCAAUGGGGAUGACUGAUGCCACUCAACAGGCGGCGAGACAUCAGCAGCAGCAGCCGCCGCCACAAGCAGAACAGAGACCCGGUAGUAGCAUACCGCUGGCAGAUGAUCUCAGCACACUAUCAGCUGGAGAUUAUGACUACGUCUGUUCUAUUGCCGACCAACUCCAAGCUCAGACCUCUCAGGAGGAUAUGGAGAGGAUCAAGAAAAAACUAGGAAAUAUGACUCCAGAGCAAAGAAAAUAUCUUGAAAGCAAGAAUAUGGAUCCUCUGACAUUCUUCUUUCGCUCAUACGCACUUAGUCAAUGGAGAAGACAUAGACAGGCUAGUAUAAAUGCACAAAGCGCGCAGAACAUUGAAGUCGACCUUAACAAUCCGCCCGCAUCUAUUAGUAGCAUCGAGAAUGUACAGGGACAGCAAACGGAUGCUACACGCUCCCAGGAAGCAGGCCCGCCUAUGGUGCCUCCUAGAGUCGGCAUAUCCCGGCGCGCGACAAAACAGGAGGCAGGCACUGACCCAGUCACCGCAGCUGCUACACCUGUGGCACGAUUGCUGAGCCAGUUCAGCCAGAGACCAACUUCUCCCGCAUCCCACCACUAUGUGCCAUCAACCAACCUAACUACAUCGGCAGCCAAUCUCUCUGGAAGUACGCAUGGGAAAGGGGACACUGAAGAGACAAAGUCAGCGUCAUCCUUAGAGGCCAUUACUAAAGAUCCAUGGGCGUUUAGUGCUUUCCUUGCUGAAGAGACCGAGGACAUGUGCAUAGGCUUAGAUAUUGAGGACAACAAUAACCUGGCAUUCAGUGGUACUAACGCAUUACCUGUCACAGCAGCUACGGAUUCAGGCUAUGUCUCGCUUCCAAGAAGGAGCUAUGGUAGCCCCUUUAAGAGGAAGCGACAGCACAAAGACUCUAGGAAUCCUGCCAAUGAGACGUAUAGCUCCGAGAAUAGUGAACACCAAUACCACGGCACUGAAAUUGCAGACGAUCUCGAGUGUGCGGAAAGCGCAGAUGACGCGAUCGAACGGGCGAUCACCAUUACGGGGUCAAUUAAGGACGCUCAAGCUAUGGCCACUGUCCAGUAUCUCUGUCAAACAUGGCCCUCAACAGGCAUUCAUCUUCUUCGUUUGGUAAAAGAUGUCGUCCGUGGAGGCCCAAAUUGUACCUUCCACUGCAUAUUGCUGGAUAAAACGCAGAUUUCUGCGUGCUUGGAUAAAGCUGUGUUUGAAAUCGAGGUGAUGGGAAUAGCGGAGUGCAUCGCGGAGAUUGGGGAGCAACUUGGGUGGCUUGGUGCGGCCCUUCGCACAUCUCCUUAUGAGGCCGGGGUCGUCCUCUGCAGGCCUGUUGUCAGUAAGCUAACGACCGAACGCGGGUCUACAAAUCUAGCCAGAGAAUCACUCUCUCUACCGUACUGUCACAUCAACUUCAUCAUCGACUCCCACGUCGAUGGUGGGGAAUUGUUAAACGGCCAAUGCUGGCAUCGUUUAUUCAGAAAUCCUGCUAGGGUAAAGGCUAUCCCAUAUCCUAUCGACAGCAGCUCGAAACAGGCUUUGAAGUAUCACUCGACAUAA